UGUUAAAUAGGAAGGAAAGAGGAAGAAGAUGGAAACAAAUGUUGAUGCGGAGAUUGUGAUCGUCGGAGCUGGAAUUUGUGGCCUUGCAACAGCGCUUGCCCUUCACAGGAAGAGGAUUAAAAGUGUGGUGUUAGAAAGAUCAGAGAGUGUUCGAGCAACAGGAGCAGCUAUAAUUGUGCAGGCAAAUGGGUGGCGUGCACUUGAUCAGCUUGGCAUUGCUUCAACCCUUAGAGAAACUGCUAUUCAAAUACAAAGGGGAAGAUUCAUAUCUCUUAACGAGGUUGAGCCAAUGGAAUUUCCGUUUGGGGUUAAUAAGGAAUUUCGUUGUUUAAAGCGCACUGAUCUGGUGAAAGUCAUGGCCGAUAAUUUACCGACAGGGACUAUACGUACCAAUUGUCAAGUGCUUUCUGUCGAAUUAGAUCCUGUAACAAAGUUUCCACACCUUAUGCUAAGCAAUGGAAGUGUUCUUCAUGCUAAGGUUGUUAUUGGAUGUGAUGGUGUGAAUUCUGCCAUUGCAAGCAUGUUUGGGUUACACCGAACGACGCUCUCGCUCUUCUCUACGAGUGUUGCACGAGGCUUCACAAAUUAUCCAAAUGGUCAUCAAUUUGCGAGUGAGUUUGUGGUGAUGAGCAAAGGUCAAGUCCAACUCGGAAGGCUUCCAGUGACUGACAAAGUUGUUUAUUGGUUUGUGACAAGGCUAAGGACUUCGAAAGAUUCAAAAAUUUGGCAAGACCCAGUGCUUAUUAGACAAUCGUUGAUGGAGUCAUUGAAAGGUUUCCCAGAAGAGGCGAUGGACAUGAUGAGAAACACCAAUUUGAGCUUCUUGCAUCUCACGGAUUUGAAGUAUAGGCCACCGUGGGAUUUGCUCUUUAACAACUUCAGGAAAGGAACGGUAACAAUUGCUGGUGAUGCAAUGCAUCCCACAGGCCCAUUUGUUGCACAGGGUGGCUCAGCCUCCAUAGAAGAUGCCAUUGUUCUCGCUAGAUGCCUUGCACAGAAGAUGUUUGAUAAUAGUAAGAAGACAGAGGAAACAGAAAUGAACAUUGUAAUGGCAGAGGAAGCAUUUGAUCAAUAUGUGAAAGAGAGGAAAAUGAGAAACUUUUGGCUCUCUUUUCAUUCCUUCCUUGUUGGGAAGAAGCUUGACACAACAUCAUGCAUAAUUAGAUUCAUUAUCCUUGCAAUCAUGUCCACUCUGUUCAGAGACCCCGAUUGGCAUUCCCGUUAUCAUUGUGGAAAUCUAUAGGAACAUGAAGCUUUAAAUAUUCAUAUCAUUCCAAAUACUAUUCUAUUGUAUAUCAUGAUCAUUGAUAUUUUAUAUUAUGUCCACAACCGUCACACCAUGUUAGUUAUGUUAAUAAAUUAGUAGUUUUUAGGUGUUAUGGCUUCUGUCCUCUAAUUUAAUGCCUUUUAGAUGAUGUAACAUAUGGUUGGUAUCUAUUGAU